AUGACUCCUGCUGUCUUUCCACCCAUUGGAAGUGUGGUUCGACCUACAGUAGAGUCCAAUAAUUUCGAAUUAAAGCCUGCACUGGUACAUUUGGUGCAGAAAGAACAGUUUGCUGGAACAAGUGCAGAGGAUCCAUACCUGCACAUUGAAAAUUUCUUGCUGUUAAGUGACACUGUGAAGAUUAAUGGAGUGUCCAGAGAUUCCAUUCUUUUGAGGCUUUUUACUCAUUCACUGAAAGAUGAUGCCAGGAGAUGGCUACAGUCACUACCACAAGGAAGUAUUACAACUUGGGAUGACCUGCAGACCAAGUUUUUGGCCAGAUUCUUUUCAGCAUCCAAGAGGGCAAAGUUGAAGGAUGAGAUUACAGGGUUCAAGCAGAAAGAAUUAGAGUCUAUCUAUGAGGCCUGGGAGAGGUUCAAGAUACUCUUGAAGAAAUUCGCACAACACGAGAUAGAAGUGUGGAAUCAAGCAGCAAUCUUCCUCCAGGGGUUGACAACCACUACCAGGACAUUGGUGAAUGCCACAGCUGGUGGUUCAUUGACAACCAAGACUCCUCAGGAAGCCCUGGACAUCUUUGAGUCCUUAGCAUCUCAGGAGUUUGACAAUGCUCCAGUGAAUGACAGAAGAAUGGGAAUUAUUAAAUUGGAUGGCUAUGAUGCUUUAUUAGCCAAGAAUGACCAGAUGCAGCAAGUGCAGAAACAACAACAACAACAAAUUGAUUCUCUCACUAAGCAGCUUUCUUCUCAGAAGGUUGCUUCUGUGGACACUAAUUCUGUGUGUGCCAGUUGUGAGAAAAACCAUGUUACAGAUGAUUGUGAUUGUAGGAGACCUGCUGAACAAGUAGAAUUUAAUGGAGUGUGGUAUGACCAUAACAACCAGAGGAAUUACAACAACCAGGGGCGAAAUGUGGAAGAGACUUCUGCUUUCAUGGAGGAGACUAAGACAACAUUCAGAAACCAGGAAGCAUCCAUCCAAAAUUUGGAGACACAGAUUGGUCAGUUGUCUAGGCAGAUAGCUGAGAGGCCACAGGGAAAGUUCCCUAGUGAUACUAUGGUGAAUCCAAAGGAGCACUGCAAGUCCAUCAUUACAAGAAGUGGGCUUGUGCUCCAACCGGUGAACAAGAAAGUGGAUGAGAAGAAAGUGGGAGAAAAGAAAAGUGAGGAGGAAUGGGAGAAGAAGAAGAUAGCUGACAAGAAGGACCAGCCAAUUAACUUAUCUCCUUAUGCUAAAGUGCCUUAUCCUCAACGGUUGAAGCAGGAAAUCCAGAAGCAGCACUAUGCAAGGUUUCUGGAUAUUUUUAAGAAGUUACAGAUUAACAUUUCAUUUGCUGAGGCCCUGGAGAACAUGCCUCACUAUGCCAAAUUUAUGAAGGAUCUUUUGUCUAAGAAGAGGAAAUUGAAGGAUGGUGAGACAGUGGCUUUGACAGAAGAGUGUAGUGCCCUGAUCCAAAAGAAGCUUCCACCAAAAUUGAAAGAUCCUGGAAGUUUCAGCAUCCCUAUUGCCAUUGGAGAUGUGGAAUAG